AUGACUACUCGAGAAGUGGAACAAGCCUCAGCAAUUGAUGAAGAACUCUGUGCAGUCAAGGAAUGCUUAAACGGAAAACCGUGGGAUCACCUAGCUUACAAGAAAUACCUCCCACAUAGUAGUGAACUGUGCAGCAUUGGACAGUUGAUACUAAGAGGGACAAGAAUCGUUAUCCCGAAGAAACUCAGACCCAGGGUGUUGUCCCUCACUAGCGAAGGUCAUCUGGACAUGGUUGGAACCAAACAGAAGUUGUGCAGUAAAGUGCGGUGGCCUGGGAUGGAAAAGGAUGCUGAAACACACUGCAAAACCGGCUAUGGAUGGCAGUUAGUCAGCCGUCCCAGCCCAUCAGAGCCUAUAAGGAGUACAGCAUUGCCAACUGGACCAUGGAGAGAUUUGGCAAUUGAUUUGCUCAGACCACUCCCUACCGGUGAGUCCAUUCUGCUCGUUGUGGACUACGAGAUAGCCAUUAUGAGAUCCACAGUUGCCUCUAACUUCAUCUGGAGUCUAGAAGAGAUAUUUGUAAGAAAUGGUCUACCUGCAAGCCUGACAUCUGACAAUGCACCACAUUUUGUAUCAACAGAGUUUACAGGGUACAUGGAGCAGCAAGGAAUCAGACACCACAGAGUUACUGCAAAAUAACCCCACGCAAAUGGAGAAGUUGAGCGGAAGUUGAGCACCAAAAUAGUUCACUUCUGAAAAGGCUGCAAAUCGCACAUGCUGAAAAGAAGGACUGGAAGGAAGACCUGAAUGUUUAUCUUGCAGCGUACAGAAGCCUACCUCACUCACAACUGGUGUAAGCCCUGCCCAGUUGCUCUUCGGACUGAAAAUAAGCACCAAACUUCCUGAGCUGAGCGAUGUACAUGUCGAACAAGAAGUGCGUGAUAGGGACAAUGAACAGAAGGGUAAGAGCAAAGCGUACGCUGACAUGCAGAGAAAUUCGAGUUACUCAAAGGUACUUCCUGGAGACCAAGUACUAGUGCAACAAGAGAGGAAGAACAAGCUCACAACCUGUUUUGAACCAAGUCCGUACACUGUGGUAAACAAGUAUAGGAACAGCCUGAUUGUGCAAUCUCCAGAAGGAGCCCAAAAGUCAAGCAAAACAUCCGAUGUAAAGAAACUGCUAGAGAAUGAUGAUACACAUGAUACACCAAGUAUACCGGAAGUGGUGAUGACUGGAGAGCCCCACAAGCAGGAUAAACCGACCCUGCAGCAGAGUGUGGUGAUACCGGAAUCAAAUCUUGUUGAGCCUGGAGUUCCACUUAGGGGGUCCCAGAGACACAGAGUGGCACCAAGCUAUCUCAAAGACUAUUGUACUUUAACUCUAGAGACACUGAAAUCUCAGAGACAUUGUUGAUAGUCUACGUUUAUGUCUACUGGACCAUAUAUUAUUUCGUUUGUACUUCUGCUAAAUGUUACUGUUUUCUAUCUAAAUGGGGAGGGAUGUGGUGUAUUAGGACCCAGAUUCCCCCUCAUUAAUGCAUGGAAUGCCUGACUGUAGUGGUUAAGGACCACAAGUUGUGAAGGCGGAAUAAAGCUAAUCAUUUACAGUUCAAUCCAUUGCAAUCCUUUGUUAUUUACCAACUAGAUUGGUCACAACAACCAUUAAGCGCGUUUGGCAUCAAACAUACACAUUGACUAUUCUAGGACAAACUACAGAAAGUUUUGUUUAAAAGUCAGGUGCCCAACUUUGCAAGGAUUUGCCAAAAGAUCAUAAGAAAAAAAAAAUCACAUACAGUUGUACUGCUCCCACAAAGCAGCAUCCCUUAUGAGUGUGCAAAUAGUUAUGGGACCUUCAAAUUUUCAGUUAAUGCAUUUCAAUAGGUACUAUUCCAAAUGCAAGAAACUGCUUUUAUUCAAAUCAAGCAUAGUACUGGUUUCUACUUUUUGUUAAGGAAAUUUAUACAUUUUCACUAUCAAUUACAGUAUUGUACAAAAAAACAUUGACACUGUUAAAGUUCAAGAAGAAGUGACACUUUGUGCAAUGAAACACGCCACACCAAGGAAUAGAGAGAACUAAGCUAACAACUAAAACCUCAGUCUACUGGAGAGGCUUGUACCAUUGGCACUGAUCUCUUUGCUCUUGAUGGCUCCAAAUAUCUCGUAGUUGCUGAUCAUUACUCAAAGAACCCCUUUGUCAGGAAUAUACUGAGUGGGCAAAGCAAGAGCAGCACAGUAGUCAAAAUAAUGAGGCAGCUUUUCAGCUAGCAAUGCACCCCCGAAGUAGUAAGAACUGACGACGGACCGCAUUUCAACAGCCAAGCCUUUCAAGAGUUUGCUCGGGACCUCAGUUUUAAGCACAUUACAAGCUCCCCCCUCUACUCUCAUAGCAAUGGGUUUAUCCAAAGCCAAGGCAAGUCAGUGAAGUCAGCCCUCCUAAAGUUGAAAAUGACCAAAUCAGACCCUGACAUGUCGCUUCUUUGUCUCAGAGCUACCCCUGUUGACCACAAACUCCCCUCACCUUUUGAGGUGCUAUUGGGGCACCCAAUCCAAGACAACCUCUUAAGGAAGAUUUCAAGGGACUCAUCAAGUGAAGAAGUUAUCUCCAGGCUGAUCAAAAGACAGCAACUGCAGAAACACUACUACGAUGGAUCAGCAAAGCCACCCCCAGAACUUGCCCCAGGGCAAAGGAUCACCAUUCAAGAUCCACCAUUGCUGAAAUGGAAAUCGGCUGAGGUAAAGGAAAGACUAGUUGGAACUCCCCACUCAUGUGCUGCAACGACUGCAACUGGCAGAGAGCUAAGGCACAACAGAGCCCACAUAAGAGAAGCACAUCAGGAAAACAGAGCAGUAGAACCUGACUGGAAAGAGCAGUCAUCAUCCAAAGAUUCCUCUAAACCCUCUGAGGAAUGAAACCAUCACAUUGCAGACACCUACCCAACUUGCAGUGGCAGGCUGAUUAAACCCCCCGGAGAGACUGGAUCAGUAGAAACUGAGUUAAGCCAAGCUGUGAUUCUUAGGAACACUUUGAAACGGUCAUAGUAGUCUUGUUGUGGUUAGUUAUUGUAAGAGGAAAAAAACUGACAUUGACUUAGAUCAUGUACCUUGAAGACACUGAAUUAGGUUAAUGCACGUCUAGACUAUCAUCCAGUUUGUCAAGCUUAUAGGAAAGGAGGGAUGUAACGAUUCUAUGGCAGUUUUGGCCAUGAUGCUUUGCGAAGCUAAUGUUACUUUUUCCAUUCAGCCAUAUUGCCGCUCAAAAUAAAGUAAAGGCACACAGUUUGUAAGAUACAACCCAGAAUCUUUGCAAAAGCUACAACCUUUUCACUGAUAGAAUUUUGUGUAGGAUGGGAUGAUUAUUCAAACAUAGUUUUUAGUACAAACUUAGAUUUUCACCUUGCCAUGCUUGACUGGCAAAACACCCCAACUGAAGGUAUGAAGAGUUCACCAGCACAGCGAAUGUUUGGCAAGUGCACCAAAAUACUGCUGCCGACCUCAAACAAACUCCUGAAACCCCAGUUAGUCACAUCUUCAACAGUCUAAGGAACCGUUCAUGCCUAAAGAUGCAGAUGUUGAAAUUCCAAGUCCAAUUCCACCAACCAAAGCCAGCACAAAAACCAUAUCAGGAGCGAACAGUGCAGGACACCCAGCAGCACUGUCCUGA